AUAUUUCAAAAUUCAAGCUCACAAAACAUUCAAAAUCUCACAAAAUCUCAAUUCGGAGUUCUCUGCAUAGGGCAUUUCAAGCGUAGAUUCCACUGCCGGUAAAAUGGAUGGGCAUGAUGCGGACAAUACUAAACAAAGUGCUGCUGACAUGACUGCGUUCGUGCAAAACCUUCUUCAGCAAAUGCAAUCGAGGUUUCAAACAAUGUCGGAGUCCAUCAUCGGUAAAAUCGAUGAGAUGGGAAACCGAAUUGACGAGCUGGAGCAGAGCAUUAACGAUCUGAGAGCUGAGAUGGGGCAAGAAGGUUCUCCAUCCCCUUCAACUCCACUGAAGGGGAAAGAUGGCUCCAAGUCAGCCGAAGAUAACUAGUUACGCGUAUAUAUUUUCUCGGCUUUUUUAAGGUUGUUGCUUUUGAUUGUCUGUGAUUUUUACUAUGAGGACUCUGCCUGUUUUAAUUCUGUCAAUUAGUAUCUAAUUACCAUUACCAGAAGAUUUGUAGUUUGCAAUGACACAAAUUUGAUGUGCAUUUUGGUAAUUUA